AUGCAGUCGCUGGUUGCUGGCCUCCAUGAGUUUUUCGAGAGGGCCAACCAACUGGCUAUGAGCUCCUGCGGGUCUUGUUACGGACCUGGCCGUGAUCGACAACCUGUGGAUUCGUCCUUGUUGAGUUUAUUCGACGUGAGCCCCUUGGGCGAUGUUGAUCCAGAGGCGGUGCGGGGCACCCAGAACGGCGCUCGAUCCCUGCACGAGGGCAGGGUGGACGAGGCGAUCAGAGAAUUCCAUGGUGUGUGCAACCGACUACUCAGGAGCGCAGUUGCACGGACCAACUUGGGUAGCGCGUACUUCGAACGUGGCGAUGAGGAUGCCGCCCUGCACUGGUUCAAAGAAGCCCACCGCUUGGAUCCGCGAAGCUGCCGGAUCCUCCGCGCUGUGGCAGUGCUGGAGCAACGCAGCGGGAACCACCAGGAGGCGGUGUGGCUGCUGCGGAACUACUUGAACGAGGUGGACGAGUUCAACAUGCAGGUGCUCCACCAGUUAGCAAUGCUCUACCGAGAUCGUCAGCAGUGGACGCAAGCUGGCACAUGCUUCCGGCGGCUCUUGAAGGCCGAUCCAACCAACCGGGAGAUUGCAAAAGAGCUUCAAGUAUGUUUGGAUCGGUCAUCAGCCUAUGGAGAUGGAUUAGAGCUGCGCUGUGAUGAGCGGUGGCCUUGCUUGCACUUGAUGUAG